AUGCCGGAAAAAAAACGAUCAGCAAGUAGUGGUAAUGCAAAUAAUGUUAAAGUUGUUGUUCGAUGUCGACCGAUGAGUGAUAAAGAAUUGGAUAAUGAUCGUCGAUCAGUUGUUUAUGUAAAUGAAACAACAGGUACUAUUGAUGUUCGACCACCACAUAGCACGAGUGAUGAUACGAGUAAAACGUUUACAUUCGAUUAUGUAUUCGGACCAGAUUCACAACAAGUUGUUAUUUAUAAUUUGGUUGCUCGUCCAAUUGUUGAUGCUGUACUUGAAGGUUAUAAUGGCACAAUAUUUGCCUAUGGACAAACAGGCACUGGUAAAACAUUUACAAUGGAAGGAAAAAAAGAUGAUAAUAAAAAUUAUGGUAUUAUUCCAAAUUCAUUUGCACAUGUUUUUCUUGAAAUUUCAAAAGCUUCGAAAGAUGUUGGAUAUUUGGUUAAUAUUUCAUAUCUUGAAAUUUAUAAUGAAGAAAUUCGUGAUUUACUUGGUAAAGAUCGUGAUAAAAGUUUAGAAAUUAAAGAACGACCAAAUGUUGGUGUUUAUGCUGAUGGUUUAUCAGCUCAUGCAUGUCAUUCUGCAACAGAAAUAGAAUUAUUAAUGCGUUCUGGUAGUUAUAAUCGUCAUACGGGUCAAACUCUUAUGAAUGAACGUAGUAGUCGAUCUCAUGCUAUAUUUACAAUUACAAUUGAAUGUAGUGAUACUGGUCCUGAUGGUGGAAAACGUAUUCGUGUUGGUAAAUUACAUAUGGUUGAUUUAGCGGGUAGUGAACGUCAAUCAAAAUCGGGUGCUGAAGGAAGCACAUUAAAAGAAGCAACAAAAAUUAAUUUAUCAUUAUCAACAUUAGGCAAUGUUAUAUCAGCAUUAGUUGAUGGAAAAUCAACACAUAUACCAUAUCGAAAUUCCAAAUUAACUCGUCUUUUACAAGAUUCAUUAGGUGGAAAUUCAAAAACAGCAAUGAUUGCGAACAUUGGUCCAGCUGACUACAACUAUGAGGAAUCUUUAAGUACACUCAGAUAUGCAAAUCGAGCUAAAAAUAUCAAAAAUCAUGCACGUAUUAAUGAAGAUCCUAAAGAUGCUAUGAUAAGAAAUUUAGAAAAUGAAAUUGAACGUUUACGUAAACAAGUUGAAGAAGGUGGUGGUGAUGGUGAUGAAGGAUCAGGUUCUGAUAUAAGUGAAAUUGAUGAACAUGGACAACGUAUUGUACGUAAACGUCCAUUACGUGUUCGUCAAGAACGUAAAGAAGAAAUUGAACGUGAAAUUGAAAUUGAACGAAGAAAAUUACAAGAUGAUACAGAAAAAUCACAAAAAGAACGAGAUAAAAUUGCUCGAGCACUUUUAGAAAAACAAGACGAACUCCUAGCAAUUAAAGAAAAAGAUGAUCUUCAACAAAAACUUCGACAAUUAGAACGAAAAUUAAUUGUUGGUGGUGAAAAUUUACUUGAUAAAGCUCAAAAACAAGCACAAUUAUUAGAAGAAAGUGAACGAGAAUUAGAAGCACGUAUGCAAAAUGAAGAACAAUUAAGAAAACAACUUCAACAAAAAGAGGCUGAAACACUUGAUGUUCAAGUAAAAUAUACAACAUUAAAAGAAGAAGCUGAAGAUUUAACAAGAAAAUUAAAAAUUUUCGGAAAAAAAUAUCAAGAAACAAAACGAGAAUUAAUAGAUCUUGAAAAUGAAAAUCUUCAGAAACGUACAGAAUUAAUUGAAGCUAAUUCACAAGCAUUUCGUGAAUUACAAAAACAAGAAUUUAUUAUUGGAAGUUAUAUACCUGAAGAAUAUCUCAAACUUAUUCAACAGAAUGCUGUAUGGAAUGAACAAUUUGGAGAAUGGAGUCUUAAAUCAAUUGCAUAUACUGGAAAUAAUAUUAAAAAUAAAGAAAAAUCAAAACAAGAUCAAAAUGAUGAUUUAAAUUUAACUCAUGUCUAUUUAGCAUAUACAGCUAAAGGUGCUGAAAAAGCUAUGCGAGAUUUUAUGGAUAGAAAGAAAAAAAAAAGCGUUAAAGAAAAGAAAAAAAAAACACCAAAAGAAACAAAUGAUGAUCGUCCAACCACAGCAUCAUUUAUUUAUUGUAUAACAAAUUUCAGAUUAAUUUUUAUAAUGAGUUCAAAUACAGUUGAUAUUGGUUCAAAAUCAGGCAAAUUUAAAUAUAUUUUAGUUCAACAAGGACAAAAAUAUAUUCUUCGUGGUGAUUCUAGUUUGGAAUAUCAUGAUCAAAUUUUUGAUAAAUUAAAAAAGGAUGUUGGAGAAAAAACAUCAAGUGAAUUAAAAGUUUUAGGAGGAGGAAAAAUUCAAGCUGAUUUCGACAAAAAACAAAUCAAUGUAUUCGGCGAUUCUCAAUCAUAUGGUGCUGCUGAUCAUGCCAAAGCGAAAUCAAUACUUCAAGAAAAAUAUCCUGAUUUUAAUAUUUCAACUGACAAACCAGCUGAUUAG